UGGACUCGCCUCUGGGGUGCCUCGCUCUGGGCCCGGACGCGACCUUCGGAGCCCCGCACCCUGGCGCAGCCGAGGCCUCACGGCGCCGACCCUCUGGGGCCCGGACUCCCAGCCGGGACGAUGACGAGGAACGGGCGGACAGCGCGAGGUGCGAGCGCAGGCGAGGAGAGACGCGCGUGGGACAAGGACUUCUGGAGGAAGGUCGAAGGGCACGAAGUUGUGCCUUCAGCUGUUGCCAUAGUAACCGGGACCGGAAAUGGCGAUCUUAGAACGCGACAGCCCUCGUCACAGGUCUUCCGGCCAGAAAGCCACUCACUUCUACGCCCCGCCGCGAGGAGUAGGCAGUGGUGUUUCCCACGUGAGGAGGGAGUUUCCUAACGACUUGGAGAAACGCAGCCUAGGGAAGGGGCGGGGUCGCCACCAUGCGGACCAGAGUCAAAGGGAGGCUGUUCGCACCGGACCUGGUCGGCGCCGACGCCGCGACUCCCCGCAGCCUCCCGGAAGUGGGGCGGCGGGGGCCCGCCGCUCCCGGAAACGGAAGCAGAGUCCCCGCGUGCCCCUUCCUCACUGCCCUCCAAAGCGCGCUGCAGCCGCUGCCGCAACUACGAUGCCGAAACGAAAGAAGCAGAGUCAGCAGCAGCCGCCGCCACAGCAUCCUACACUGCCCGAUCGCGAAGAGACUGGAGAUGAAGAGGAGAGCCCCAUCGGACCGCCCAGCCUUCUGGGCCCUCCCCCCAUGGCCAAUGGAGAGCCUGGUGAUCCUACGCCAGCUUUUCGUAGAGGUCCUCCAGGAUCCAGAAGACUGAGGAUCCCACCGCUGCUGAGCCUCCCCCCUCCUCCCAGGGGAAGAGGCCCAUUUAGGGGAGGCCUGGGCCCCAGGACUGGUCCAUAUGGUCGUGGUUGGUGGGGGGUCAAUGCUGAACCUCUUUUUCGGGGGCCAGGCCACAGGGGUCCCCCCAGGGAAAGCUUCUACAAAGAGCAGACAAACCCAAGAAGGCUCAGAAGUUGGUCUCUUGCCAAGAGAACCUGCCCACCGAAGGACAGCCCUCAGGUUGUGGAAGAUAAAUCCAACCGCCCUGUCUGCCGACACUUUUCCAAAAAGGGCCACUGCCGAUACGAGGAUCUCUGUGCCUUCUACCACCCGGGGGACAAUGGGCCUCCUCUGUGAGACUGUGCCUUCCCUUGCGGGCCGGCCACAGUGAGGUUUGCCUGCUGCCACCCUACCCCCAGUGCCUGGAGCUGUGUUUGCUCACUAUGACACGGUGCGCGCUGUCUUCUGACCCAGCCUCCCGGCUCACCUUGGGGGCCCCUGUGUCCCCUCAACUGCCUCCACUCCUGCCCUCCACCAGAUGACUGCUGACAGAAAACCUCUGGUGCUGUUUGUCACACAUCUGUCCAUGAUUGCCCUGCAUUCCUGAGAGCCUGGAGCAGUGUCCUCCAUCCAGCCACUUGUCCAGCCCUCUCCAGGACACCAGGAUCUCCAGUCCGCAUGGUGGCUGGUAUAGGCGCCUGGCUUUCCGACCAGCUUCUCCUCAGUAGCAUGAUCCCCACUGCUGUGGUCCGUGCUCACUAUGCUUUGUGAAACCGUGUGUCCCCUCGUAUCCUCUCAGUGUUUGUGCUUUCCAACACUACACUAAGUUUUUUUGCCAAAGUGAGAGAGGUCCCCCCUAGUACCCCCUCUGGGCAUUUCUUGGAGGACUGCCAGUCUUGGGCACUGGCAGCCUCCUCCCUUUCCUGGUGUCGUUUUCCCCCACCACUGUAGUCAGCUUGUCAUCGUGAGGCCACCAGCCGUUGAUUUGAAUUCUGUGACUCUGUCCUCUCCCCCCAGUGGACACUGCACAGCAUCACCACCCCCUGGGGACCCUCUUCCUCACCCUGGCAUUUGGUGUUUUCUGUGAAAACGGCAGUGAAUGGGUUCUGUUCCAAGCUGGCCCCAGUAAGUGGGUUAGUUGUUGUAUGGGCCAGAGAGGGUUGGGGAGUCUUUGGAGAACUGAAAAGAAGUGUGUUUCUUUUUAACAUUUUUUAAUAUUAGUAAUAAACACAGUGGAAACCA